AAAUCCUGUCAGUGACAUAGCUACAACAUUAUAGCCUCUGCUGAUGUCUUACUUUUGUUUUACUACCCACCUAUUGUUUAUUUUAAUAGUUCUUAAACAGGAAUACUUCAGGACCAGUAGCAUUAAAAUGAGUACUUUGAUAAAAUAAUUCUGGAAUAAUUACAACUUAUCCAUAAACAUUAACCCCUAGAACGCACACUUUGGGAACACGAAAUGGAGACUGCAUACCUCAAAAAAUGCCUAGGCAAAUGCUUAUCAGAGGGUCUCGCUGAGGUGGCAGAGCACCGUCCUGCAGACCCAAUACAAUACUUGGCAUUCUGGAUUUACAAAUAUAAGAAGAACAUGAUUGAGGAACUACAGAGGAAAAUGGAAAGGGAAGAACUGGAGCGAGAACGUGAGGAAGCCCUAAAAGAGAUGGAAAUGUUAGAAAAAAUGAAAGAAGAAGAACUUUUAUUUCAGCAGAAGCUUGAAGAAGAGAGGCAGGCACAAAUGGAACGAGAACGUGAAGAACAUGAGAGGUUAGAAAGAGAGAAAGCACAGGAGUUUCUGCUGGAGCAGAAACGGCAGGCAGAGUUGGAGGCAAAGUUAGCAGCCGAAAGAGAGGCAACAUCAAAGACCUUAGCUGAAUUAUCAGAUAAAUAUGGUGCUCCUCAUCUGAGUAGAGUUGAGGAGAUUGAUGAAAUGGAACAAUCUGAGCUUAGACUGCCUACUAUCGCAGAGUACGAGGAUGAAGAGGAGGAGGAGGAGGAGGAGGAAGCAUUCUGAAAAAAGAUCUUUUCCACCUCCUGCUUUUAAUUCUGGAAACUUCAAGGCUUACUGUAAAUGUGGAUGUCCCACAUCAAAGAUACUUACAUAUGUUUGAGUUGAAUGGUAAACUUACCCAUUUUCUUAAAAAUAAAAGCAUAUUGUACAGGUA